GUAAUAUUACAAGGCACAAGCCCCAUUCCUUUCUGAAUUUCAUUUAAUUAUUAUUUUUCUUCCUUUUGAAAAAACAAUCUUCUUCCACCUUUUUCCCUCCUCUCUCUCUCUAUUUUCUCUCGUUUUCUCGCUCUUGACCAGGGACUGAACCCCACCAAUCCCAAUACUCUCUCUUUGUCUCUCUCUCUCUCUCUCUCUCUCUCGAAAAUGCAAGAUAUAUUUGAAUCAGUACGCCGAUCGCGAGUAUUUCGAACAGCCCCACCAGACAAUGAAGAAUCACCACCGUCACCAUCACCAUCAACAUCACCAUUGGCUUCAUCAACCCUAGUGGACAAGUUCAAUUCUUGCAUUGGCAAAUCCAGAGUCUUCUCGAAAUCCUCUCUUCCACUGCCACCCAUCCGAUGGCGAAAGGGCGAGUUGAUUGGAUGCGGGGCGUUCGGGCAUGUCUAUAUGGGCAUGAAUCUUGAUUCAGGGGAGCUGCUAGCAGUGAAGCAGGUUCUGAUUGCAGCAAAAAGUGCUUCAAAGGACAAAGCCCAGGCUCACAUCAGAGAGCUUGAGGAAGAAGUGAAGCUUCUAAAAAAUCUCUCUCAUCCAAACAUUGUUAGAUAUUUGGGUACAGUGAGGGAGGAGGAAACCUUAAAUAUUUUGUUGGAAUUUGUGCCUGGUGGAUCAAUAUCUUCACUUCUGGGGAAAUUUGGAUCUUUCCCUGAGGCUGUUAUAAGAACAUACACAAAGCAAUUAUUACUAGGGCUGGAGUAUUUGCACAAAAAUGGAAUCAUGCACAGGGACAUUAAGGGGGCAAAUAUUCUUGUAGAUAAUAAAGGGUGCAUUAAACUUGCAGAUUUUGGUGCAUCCAAACAGGUUGUUGAGCUGGCUACUGUUUCAGGUGCCAAGUCUAUGAAGGGUACUCCAUAUUGGAUGGCUCCUGAAGUCAUUCUCCAGACUGGGCAUAGCUUCUCUGCCGAUAUAUGGAGUGUUGGAUGUACUGUAAUUGAGAUGGCCACUGGAAAGCCUCCUUGGAGUCAACAGUACCAAGAGGUUGCUGCUCUCUUCUAUAUCGGGAAAACAAAGUCUCAUCCACCAAUCCCUGAACAUCUCUCUGUUGAAGCAAAAGAUUUUCUGCUGAAAUGCUUGCAACAGGAGCCAAAUUUGAGGCCUUCUGCGUCUGAAUUGCUGCAGCAUCCUUUUGUAACUGGUGACCAAGUCAAAUCUCAUCCUCUUCAUACUUCUGUCAUGGAAAAUUCCGAAACCCCUUCUCUGUCAAGCGUCGCAAUCCUGGAAACCUCUAAAAUGUCAGCCUGCCCUGACUCAACACAUAUUUGUAAUCUGGAUAUUCUGCGCUGCACAGCUGAAUAUCCUGUGAAAUCACCAGAAAAUAAACAUAUUUGGGGACUGAAUAACAGUGAUGAUGACAUGUGUCGGAUUGACAAAGAUGAAUUUACCAUGGGGGAAAUCAAGUCCAGUUCUUUGAUUCCUGAGAACCUCAAGAGUUUUAACCCCAUUUCUGAACCCUCCAAUGACUGGGGGAGCAAAAUGGAUGGAAGACCAGAAUUGGAACAGAGGGGUACAAAUUUGGACACCGAUGAACAGAUUUCUGAGCCUGCUAGCUGCUCUGGAGUUUCUGGCGAGGGGGACAAAGAUUUUUCCUUUUCCCAUGGACAGUUACUUUCUGUGGAUGAUGAUGAACUUACCGAGUCAAAAAUUCAAGCCUUUUUGGACGAGAAGGCUCUUGAGCUGAAGAAACUGCAAACGCCUCUAUAUGAAGAGUUUAACAACAGUUUGUUAACCUGCUCGCCAAGUUUUGUCAAGAGCACAUGUGAUGAGGCUACCCCAAAGUACUUGAAAUUGCCCCCAAAAAGUAGGUCACCAAGUCAAGGUUCAACUGGUGUUCCAUCUCCAGCAGUUGAUGCUCUUAAUACAGGAAGCCCAGGAAGUAAUAGCAGGUGUGUGUCAAAUAAUAUCAAUGCAAGUGAUCACAGUUCACAGGACAUCCGUUCUUCUCCACUCAAUGAUUGGAAAAAGCGUCUAGUUGAUGAUCAGCAAGAACCAAGUAGCCCAAGUAUGAGCUUUUCGGAGAGACAGAGGAAGUGGAAGGAAGAGCUUGAUCAAGAACUAGCGAGAAAACGAGAGAUGAUGCGCCAAGCAGGUGUGGGAGGGAAAACAUCGUCACCAAAGGAUCGAGCUCUAAAUCGGCAGAGAGAACGGACGAGGUUUGCAUCCCCGGACAGAUAAUUCGUGCCUGAAUGUUUGUGCUGGUUCAUUGAUGGUUGAAUUUUCCCACCAGGCGUUCCACACGACCUGCAGUUUUGGCCAGUGGUAUACUAAUACUUGAGGUUGCCAGUUUGCCAGCUUUGAAUGAAUCCAUUAUGCAUCUCGCGUACUAUUCAAUUACUGUUGUUCAUACCAUGAAUCAGUCCUUUCAUUAGUGAGGCCUGGCUAGUGUGUAUGUUGAUGCUCCAUGUAAAGCAUUGUUGAAGGUGGCGUUUUGGAAUAAUUGUGUUUUGUAAUGCUGGUUGGUCCUUGAUAAUUGUCUUUUUCUGAAUUUGGUCUCAAAUGCAUAGAAAUUGUAAUACUAAUAUAGAGAUAUAAUAUGGUCAUAAACAGAAUGGCCUAAAAAAACAUUUUAUUAUGCCACUCUUUCUGUGAUAACUUGUGUUGAAUG